GAGCGCAGCGGGGCCGUGCCGAGCCGUGCCGAGCCGUGCUGAGCCGUGCCGUGCCGUGCCGCUCCGAACCGGGCCGGGAGGCGGCAUGGUGCUGGUGCUGCAGCAUCUCCUCACCGCCCUCCUUCAAUUUUUCAGACGGGGCCAGCAGGUCUUCCUGAAGGUGGAGGACGCCCUGCCCGGCUCCGAGGCGCUACAGGACGCCCUGCUGAGCCUGGGGGCCGUGAUCGACGUCUCCAGCCUGCGGGACGCCCUGCGCGAUGCCGUCCUCUCCCUGCUGCCCAAAGUGGAGCACGUCUACAUCUACCUGCUGGAUGGGGACACCCGGCUGACCUGCGACGACCCCCCCCACGAGCUGCCCGCCGAGGGGAAGCUCAGGGAUGCGGUGCGGAGGCAGAAGCGGGUGGAGUGCGGGGGGCUGCCCCCCGCCGAGCUGCAGGGCCGGCAGCUGGGCCCCCUGGCUGCGCCCCUCGCCCCCGGCACGCAAGUGCUCAUCAUCCCGCUGGUGGACAAGGACAGCGGGGCCGUGGUGUGCGUCAUCCUGGUGCACUGCGGCCACCUGAGCGACUCGGACGAGCAGAACCUGAGCGCGCUGGAGCGGCACACCCAGGUGGCGUACCGGCGCGUGCAGGCUCUGCAGAAGCUGCAGCCCUGGCCCCAGGUCAGCCUGUCCACCAGCUCCUCGCAGACCUCCCUGGCCAAGGCCGAGAAGGCUCCCGACAGCAGCUACAGCGAGCUGGACUGCAAGAUCCUGCAGCUCUGCGGCGAGCUGUACGACCUGGAUGCGGCCUCGCUGCAGCUCAAGGUCAUCAACUACCUGAAGCAGGAGACCCAGUCGCUGUGCUGCUGCCUCCUGCUGGUCUCGGAGGACAACCACCAGCUCUUCUGCCAGGUGGGUGUGGGCGACCGCGUCCUCGAGGAGGAGAUCAGCUUUCGGUGAGGGCACCCAUGGGUGCCACUCACCUUCGGGCGCCUGGGGCAGGUGGUGGAGGACAAGAAAUCCAUCACCUUGAAGGACAUCAGCGAGGAGGAGCACAAGCAGCUCAACAGCAUGCUGGGCACCGAGGUCACCUCCAUGCUCUGCGUCCCCGUCAUCAGCCGCGCCACCUCCCAGGUGGUGGCCUUGGCCUGCGCCUUCAACAAGCUGAGCGGCGAGAGCUACACGGAGCGGGACGAGCACAAGAUCCAGCACUGCUUCUGCUACACCUCCACGGUGCUCACCAGCACGCUGGCCUUCCAGAAGGAGCAGAAGCUCAAGUGCGAGUGCCAGGCCCUGCUGCAGGUGGCGAAGAACCUGUUCACGCACUUGGACGACGUCUCCGUGUUGCUCCAGGAGAUCAUCACGGAAGCCCGAAACCUCAGCAACGCCGAGAUAUGCUCCGUGUUCCUGCUGGACCGCCUCAGCCACGAGCUGGUGGCCAAGGUGUUCGACGGCGGCGUGGUGGAUGACGAGAGCUACGAGAUCCGCAUCCCCGCCGACCAGGGCAUCGCGGGGCACGUGGCGACCACCGGCAAGAUCCUGAACAUCAAGGACGCCUACUCGCACCCGCUCUUCUACCGCGGGGUGGACGACAGCACCGGCUUCCGCACCAGGAACAUCCUCUGCUUCCCCAUCAAGAACGAGAGCCAGGAGGUCAUCGGGGUGGCCGAGCUGGUCAACAAGAUCAACGGGCCCUGGUUCAGCAAGUUCGACGAGGACCUGGCCACCGCCUUCUCCAUCUACUGCGGCAUCAGCAUCGCCCACUCCCUGCUGUACAAGAAGGUGAACGAGGCGCAGUACCGCAGCCACCUGGCCAACGAGAUGAUGAUGUACCACAUGAAGGUGUCGGACGACGAGUACACCAAGCUGCUGAGCGAGGGCAUCCAGCCCGUGGCCACCAUCGACCCCAACUUCGCCAGCUUCACCUACACGCCGCGCUCCCUGCCCGAGGACGACACCUCCAUGGCCAUCCUGAGCAUGCUGCAGGACAUGAACUUCAACACCUACAAGAUGGACCGCCAGACGCUCACCAGGUUCUGCCUGAUGGUGAAGAAGGGCUACCGCGACCCCCCGUACCACAACUGGAUGCACGCCUUCUCCGUCUCCCACUUCUGCUACCUGCUCUACAAGAACCUGGAGCUCGUCAACUACCUGGACAUCGAGAUCUUCGCCCUGUUCAUCUCUUGCAUGUGCCACGACCUGGACCACAGGGGCACCAAUAACUCCUUCCAGGUGGCCUCGGUGAAAAUCCGUCCUGCCGCACUGUACAGCUCGGAGGGCUCAGUCAUGGAGCGGCACCACUUCGCCCAGGCCAUCGCCAUCCUCAACAGCCAGGCUGCCAUCUUCGACCACUUCUCCCGCAAGGAUUACCAGCGCAUGCUGGACCUCAUGCGGGACAUCAUCCUGGCCACCGACCUGGCCCAUCACCUGCGCAUCUUCAAGGACCUCCAGAAGAUGGCAGAAGUCGGCUACGACCCCAAGAACAAGCAGCACCACAGCCUGCUGCUCUGCCUGCUGAUGACGUCCUGCGACCCUCCGACCAGCCAAGGCUGGAAGACCACCAGGAAGAUCGCGGAGCUGAUCUACAAGGAGUUCUUCUCCCAGGGAGACCUGGUACGGGGCCAUGGGCACCGCCCGCUGGAGAUGAUGGCGGAGAAAGCCUACAUCCCCGAGCUGCAGAUCAGCUUCAUGGAGCUCGCCAUGCCCAUCUACAAGCUGCUGCAGGACCUCUUCCCCAAGGCGUCCGAGCUGUACGAGAGGGGCCAGCAACCGGAGCAGUGGACCAAGGUGUCCCACAAGUUCACCAUCCGCGGCUUGCCCAGCAACAACUCCCUGGACUUUUGGACGAGGAGUACGACCCGCAGCGCCGGACGCCCAAAUGAACGGGUGCCUGGACGCCGAGGGGCACCCCGAGUCGGGGGCCGAGUGAGAGCCGGGGGCGGGGGGGGGGGGGCCGGGGCCGGGCCGGGGCCGGGCCGGGUCCGGGGCCAGGGGGAGGUGGUGAUGGAGAGGAGAGACCCCAACCCCGCAGCCCUGCAGCCCCUUCCUCCUGAUCUUGGGGGGGGGGGCGAGGGGGACUUUGGGGGCUCCGCGGUGGCACGGCGAGCUCCGUCCCUGCCCUGGUGCCACUGUGGGUCGUGGUGCCCCCCGCUCUGGUCACCGGACCCCUUCUUCGGGCUCUGCUGGCUGUGGGCUCGCUGCCUGGUGGCGCCUGGGACAGCGUGGGGUCGGGGGUGGCUGUGCCUCAGGCUGCUGGUGCCACCCUGGUGUCCCCGCCGGGCUGACAAUGGGGACGUCUUUCCUCUGCAGCUGGAGGUGGGGAGGGUUUGGGAACCCCUCCGAGCACCUCCAGGCGGGCUGUCCCCGAAAACGGGGCUGUGGGGGCCAGCAGGAUGCAGGGACGGCGUGGGGCAGGCGAGGGGAGCACUUGUGGGUGGGGGAGAUGGGGGUGCUGGGGGGCUCUCGCUCCGAUGCUGGAGCCCCUGGGGUCCGGGCACGCCAGAGGGAUGGGGACAGUGCCACGGCCACUGUCCCUGUGUCCGAGUGGCCCCAAAGGAGAGCAGAGGGCGAGAGCACCCCCUCCAUGCAAUGGGAUGGUUUGGGGACAAACCACGGCUUUCGGAGUGUGAGGGCAGCGGCAGGAGGUGGCACCGGGAGCAGGACGCGCACGGCCACCGGGGUGCUCCCAGCCCCGCACCUCACUCUGCCCACGUCCCCCCCCUGACCCCCCUGGGUCCCCCCACCGCCCUGCACCAGCACCCGGGGGCUGAGGGACCCCCAGCGCCGCCACCCCCCGGGACUGCCAUCUUCUCGUGGUCCCUCCAGCCCUACAGACCACCCCAAUGACCGAUGGCCUCCGGUGGUCCCUCUGGUCCUACAGACUGUGUGCGUGGCUGUGGGGCCUCUGGUGGUCCCUCUGGUCCUACCAAGCGUGCAUGGACCCUGCCGGCGUUGCAUAGUCCCUCUGGUCCUCAAACCACCAUGCACGGACCCUGCUGGUGUGCAUGGUCCCCUGGUCCAUCAACCACCGUGCAUGGACCCUGCUGGUGUUGCAUGGUCCUCUGGUCCAUCAAACCACCAUGCAUGGAACCCUGUUGGUGUCCCACGGUCCCUCUGAUCCCGCAGACCACCAUGCAUGGUCCCUGCUGGUCGCAGCCCCCUGGUCCCGUCAGCUGCCAUGCGUGGACCCUGCCAGCCUCCUGCUGUCCUUGCAGUCCUACAGAGCAUGGAUUGAUGGCCUCCGUGGUCCCUUGGUCCUACGGACUGCCAUGCAUGGGCCAUGAGGGCAUCUCCUGGUCCUUCUGGCCCUACAGACCACUUGCAUGGGCUGUGAUGGCCCCCCGUUGGUCCCUCUGGCCAUGCGUGGGGCCCUGCCGGUGUCCUGCGUCCCUCCGUCCUCCUGGGUGCUGUGCAUGGACCUUGACAGCACCCCGUGGUCCCUUCUGUCCUACAGACCACCGUGCAUGGACCCUGCCAAUGUCCCGUGGUCCCUCCAGUCCCAUCACUGCCAUGCAUGGACCCCGCCACCCUUCCAUGGUCCCUCCAGUCCCAUCAAUGUCCAUGCACGGACCCCGCCACCCUUCCACGAUCCCACAGACCACUGCUCAUGGACCCCGCAGGCACUGCAUGGCCCUCUGGCCCCCGUGGCCCUCCUGCCACACUGACUGCUGCGCACGGACCCUGCCAAUGUCGUGAGGUCCCCCUGGUCCUGCAGAUUGCUGCGUGUGGACCCCAACAGCACCCCGUGGUCCCUUCUGUCCACAGACCACCGUGCAUGGACCCUGCCAAUGUCCCGUGGUCCCUCCAGUCCCAUCAACUGCCAUGCAUGGACACUGCCAUCCUUCCAUGUCCCCCUGGUCCUACAGACUGCUGUGCAUGGGUUGUGGUGGUCCCCAUGGUCCUACAGACUGCUGUGCAUGGGCUGUGGUGGUCCCCCUGGUCCUACAGACCACCGUCCAUAAUAGACUGUGGUGGCCUCCCCAGGUCCUUCAGGUCCUACACAUCACUGUGCAUGACCUGUGGUGCCCCCUGUGGUCCCUCUGGCCGUGCACAGACCCUUCAGGUCCCCCGUGCUCCCUCCUGCCCCACUGACCGCCGGUUCCCCGUGCUCCCUCCCCGCCUGCAGCCCACCGUGCCCGGCGCCCACCAUCCCGGGGGCUCUGCCCUGCUCCGGCAGCCCAGCAAAGAGCCCUGGGGGUGCCUUGAGCCAUCCCCAUGGCCUCAGCCCCGGCUCCAUGUCCCAAGCCAGAGCCACCCCAAACAGCUGUGGGGUCAAGCUGGUGGUGCAGAGCCCUGGGGGGGGGGGGGGGGGCGUGUGCCGUGGUGUGGCCAUGGGUGGCCACGGGAUGGCCAUGGGGGUGGCCGUGGUGUGGCCAUGGGGCGCAUGGGGUGGCUGUGGGAUGGCCAUGGGGUGCUGUGGGGUGGCCAAGGGCCGUUUGCUGCCCACCCUGGCGUCCCCCUCGCCGUUUCUCUUUUAAGCAACGAGCCGUCUGCUUCGGUGUGUGCACGUGUGCCUGGGGGAGCCACGGGAGACCCCAAAGCCGAGACGGCGCCGGGCCCAACGAACUGCAUUCAUUUUGCCUUACCUCCUCGGAGUUGCCUUUAGAGAGACGCUUUGGCCAGCCCCCGGCAGGACCCGCGCAGACCCUCCCCGCGGAUGCUGGCCGAUCGCUUCGCCUACGAGACCCCCCCCCCCCAGCCUCCUGCCUCCCUCCCCGUGCCGCCGCGGGGCAGGGAGCGACGAAACCAGCGGGAAGGAGCAGACCCCAAAGGCAAAAAAAAAAAAAACCACACAGACAAACACCAACCAACCAAACCCAAACCGAUAUAGGAGAAAGCCAGCGCGUGCCAUCCCCGCCGGCGGCACCGUGCCCGUCCCCGCUGGCAGCCGUGCGCACCGCCGAGGCCCCGUGCCCACCGGGCACUGCCAGAGCCCCUCUUUUGGGGCGAGAAACCACGUUUUGAUGCAAAACGCCCACUCUGUGUGCACGCUGGGGGUUGAUUUGUAUGGACAUCCCCAGUGCCAGCUCGGUCUCCGUGACGCCGGCACAGCCGUGCCACCGAGGUGCCGUUACCACCACCCCGGGGAUGCUUGGAGCCUCCUAAAGCCACGCGUGGGCUGCCGAUGGUGGGCACCAUGACCCGGGCCGUGCCACGAGCAUCCUGCCAGGCAGAGCUGGAGGUGUCCCCGGCCACGUGUCCCACGGGUGUGAGAUGGCCAGUGCCAUGGGCACCCCCCAGCUGGUCCCCAGUGUGUGUGCGUGGCCCCGCUCCUGCCCCUGCGCCUACCCUGGGGCAUGGGCAUGCGUGCCUGGCUCACCAGCGUGUGUGCACGGUGUGCACGGGUGUGUGAGCGUGCGAAACCUCCUCCGGCUUCUCGGUCCUCUCCUCUCGCUGCGCUGGUUUGCUGGGCUCGGCGCCUCCUGCCCGGGCGCUGCGGACAGGGCCCAAGCAGGAGACGGUUCUUCUUCUCCCUUCUUCUUCUCCUUCUCUUUCUCCUUCUCCUUCUCUUCUCCUUCUCCUUCUCCUUCUCCUUCUCCUUCUCCUUCUCCUUCUCCUUCUCCUUCUCCUUCUCCUUCUCCUUCUCCUUCUCCUUCUCCUUCUCCUUCUCCUUCUCCUUCUCCUUCUCCCUCUCCUUCUCCUUCUCCUUCUCCUUCUCCUUCUCCUUCUCCUUCUCCUUCUCCUUCUCCUUCUCCUUCUCCUUCUCCUUCUCCUUCUCCUUCCCUUCCUUCUCCUCUCCUCCUUCUCUCCUUCUCCUUCUCCUCUCCUCCUUCUCCUUCUCCUCUCCUCUUCCUUCUCCUUCUCCUUCUCCUUCUCCUAUUCCUUCUCCUUCUCCUUCUUCUUCAUUCUCCUCUUCUCCUUCCUUCUCCUCCUCUUCUUCUUCCCCUUCUCCUCUUCUUCUCCUUCUCCUUCUCCUCUCCUUCCCUCUCCUUCUCCUUCUCCUUCUCCUUCUCUUCUCCUUCUCCUUCUCCUUCUCCUUCUCCUUCUCCUUCCUUCUCCUAAUCCUAAUCCUAAUCAUCCUUCUCCUAAUCCUAAUCCCUCCUUCUCCUCCUUCCUCCUCUUCCUCCUUCUCCUUCUCCUUCUCCUUCCUCUCCUCCUUCUCUCUCUCCUUCUCCUUCUCCUUCUCCUUCUCCUUCUCCUUCUCCUUCUCCUUCUCCUUCUCCUUCUCCUUCUCCUCCUCCUUCUCCUUCUCCUUCUCCUUCUCCCCUCCUUCUCCUCCUCCCCCUCCUUCUCUCUUCUUUGGUAUUAUUUUUUUGGUCGGUUUUGGUUUUCCUAAUAAAUUUCAUACGUCGA